UGUAGACGUAGUGGUCAUUAUGCCAAAGAAAAAGAUUACAUGAAUAACCAUUAUUUUUAUAAACGCGCAUAUUAUCUUGCUAUAUUAUCCGCUGCUUUGCAAGACAAGAAUUCGACAUUGAACGUAAAAGUAGAAUUUGGUGCAUUUGAUGGAGAUAGGCAUCGUUCAACCAUUUUACUUAAAGGUCAAAUUUCUAAACAACAAUCAACUGAUUCCCUUCCGUCAACACUGCAAUACAAUUCUGCCAUAUUAAAAGACAUGUAUUGCGUUUCUCAUCUAAACCUAUUAUAUAAAAAUUCAAAAGAUUGUCCUGCAUUUAACGAUGCAUGUAGGCUAGCUAAGGUGUGGCUUUAUCAAAGAGGCAUAGGCGGAGUAAACGGAGGAAAGAAAUUGGCUAAUGGGUAUAGUUCUUAUCGAUUAAUUAAGAGAAUUUUUGGGUUUCAAACAACACUCCAAGGAAUUCAAGGUCUUAAAUCAUCACCAACAAUAAUUAAUUCUUUGAAAGUUAUUGGUGGAUCACCGGAAUUUAUGAAUUUUAAAUUAUUGGUUAGUAUGUUAAAUCCAUCAAAUGUUAAAGUUGUUCUUGAUAGUGAUGUCAAAUUUGAUUUAUUAUGGAAAACAAAUAAUGUAACAAUUAAAGGAACAACAAAUUCCAUUACUUUAGAACCUUUACGGGAAGCUUUUGAAACUUUAGAAUUGACAACAGUUAUACCUGAGAAAGCUUCAAUUGAGAUAUUUAACCCGUUAAAUACAGUGAUAAGAUUUUUAAUGAUUGAUGCGAAAGUUACAGUGAAAGAUGAAUUAAUUGGAAUUAUUAAUCAAAAAUUUGUAGAUGCUGUAAAUAGUGAUUUGAAAGUUAAUUUUACAAGUAAUAUUUUAAUUAGUGCUGGAAAUAAUGAUGGUGGAUUUAUG